ACAGAGGAAGAGGAGCUGAGAGGGAGGAACACAGAGGGAGGAACACAGAGGAAGAGGAGCUGAGAGGGAGGAACACAGAGGGAGGAACACAGAGGAAGAGGAGCUGAGAGGGAGGAACACAGAGGGAGGAACACAGAGGGAGGAACACAGAGGAAGAGGAGCUGAGAGGGAGGAACAGAGGGGAGGAAGUGCGUGACGUCAGAGGUCAGCUGACAGGUUUGUUUUGCUUGCCAGAGCUGAUAAAAAUACAGCUCGAGGAAGGAAGGAAGCAGCGACAUCAAACCAUCGGGGAUCUGGUUCUGUGUAGUCCGUGUUUUAACAGUAAUCCAGCAGCAGAGAGACCCCGGAGAUUUUGUUUUACCUUCCAUAGACCUGCUCUGAUCCAGACUCUGCCUCUGUUUCCGUCCUGAGCCAGCUGGGGGACUUGACGCAGUAUGCCUUCUGAAAAAACCUUCAAACAAAGAAGGACGUUCGAGCAGAGGGUAGAAGAUGUCAGACUGAUCCGAGAGCAGCACCCUAACAAGAUACCUGUGAUCAUUGAGAGGUAUAAAGGAGAGAAGCAGCUUCCCAUCCUGGAUAAGACCAAGUUCCUGGUUCCAGACCACGUCAACAUGAGUGAACUCAUCAAGAUCAUCAGGAGGCGCCUCCAGCUGAACUCUAACCAGGCCUUCUUCCUACUGGUGAACGGCCACAGCAUGGUCUCGGUGUCGGCUGCCAUCGCUGAGGUCUACGAGCGUGAGCGGGACCAGGACGGCUUCCUCUACAUGGUGUACGCCUCCCAGGAGACCUUCGGUGCUGCCAGGACCUCACAGUGAACCCUCCGUCGUCUCCUCGCAGGUCAUCGGACUGUUGACGUUUUUAGCCUCCCGAUCUCUCUUGCCACACGUAAAUUUAGUCUGAACUGUAAGAACUAAACAGCUUUAUCAGGUGUUUAAUUCCCCCGGUUUUAAUAGGUUCAGGUUCUGAGAAUGUUUGCAGUGGGUGAAUAGACUGUGUGAGAACCACCACUCACCACCACAGGUUUGUCCUGAGUCCCUUAUCGUAGAGGAAUCCCCGAUCUGACUGUUACUGCACGGUCAAUAGUCUCAUAAUGUCUCUGCUUCUUUAUUCACUCUGCUGAAUCAUGUCCAUGCAGCCUGUUACACUUCAUGUGUGGUCACAGGAGUCUCUGUUAAUAUAUGUAUACAUUUCAUGUAGUUAUAUGACAUGAAAGUGGUGAUGCUACACUGUGUAUCUAUAUACGUUAGUUAUUGAACACAGAGAACGAUGCUGACGAUGCAUCUCUGCUUUGUAUCUCAUCACAGCACCUUCAUGGUUUGUUACUUUGGUCCCUCCCUGCCUGUACGGAUAGAGCAGACCCAGAGAACUGCUUCUUGUUGUACAGAUAACUUUGACUUCAUGGGUCUGAAUAUAAGAGAGGUUCCAAACACAGUAUAGUCAGGUUGAUGUUGGACACUACAGGGAGCAUGCUCAGACUGCAUGUGUGGAGGGAGGUUGAUGGGGUUUCCGGGUCUGUCUUCUUCUCUUUUAAGCGUUUAGUGUCAUGAAGGAGUAACGGAUCAAGAUGGGUGAAACACAGGCCGGUCGAUCGGCCUCACAUUUGUCUGUGUUUUACGUUUGACCACCAGGAUUAGAGCUGUCACUGUGUCUCAGUGUCACUGCGCUGAAUUCAACAAGUGCUGCUGUCUGUCCUUUUUUUAAAACAAAAGAUCCAUCUUCCAUCUCUGAUCUUUCUCUCUUUAUAUCCUGUUAAGUUGUCCCCACAUCCUCACCUAACAGAUCUCUGUUUAGCUUAUUUUAUAUGGCAGUGUUUUAUAAUCUUGGUUCUUCUUAUUUAAAUGAUUUUAAUUUCAUUGUACUCCUCCUUGUCUUGACUCUUCUCAGUCCUCUCUGUCUGGUACAAAGGUGACGUUUGUCUGACCAGUGAAAGCCACAGUGUGUUUGUUACAGAGGGGUGGAGCAUUUGUUUCAGUGCUGUCUUUUCUGCCUGCUCCUUUGUUUCACACACACACUUACACUCAGCAAUAUCACUCAGCCUCCUCUGAUGUAUUUAUGUUGACGUUAUUUUUUAAACAAUAAAAGGAGAAAAAAAUC